UUUUAAAACGAGAAUGCUCAAUGAAUGCUGCAACAGCAUUUAGAUACACAGUAAACUCACGUUUUUACUAGUUCUGUGUUAAUUAACGAACUGCCUAACAUAAAUUGUAUGUUUCUUACUAUGUUUUGGAAUUCUAAAAAAGAAAUCUUUUAAAGUAUCUUGUGUUUGCUAGGCUAAGGUUGCUCUAUUAUUUUGAGUUUUGGGGUGUUUCUUUUAAGAUAUCCCCACAGUCAGUUUGGAAGUAAAGCAAAAACCAUGGGAUAUGAAAAUCAUGCAAGUUGGAGAUCGAAUUUUUGGUUUUAGCAAUUAUGCUUUCUAUUGCAAGUCAUCUGCCCUUCUAUAAUGUGUCAAAAAUGGGCAUGAAGAAUUAAACUUUGAAUUAUGUAGCUGACACCUUCCCACGUGAGAUUUUAUGUGAAAUACCAGAUGGUGAGAGAAAGGCAGGAAUUUCUGGUUGUCUGUCUUAGACCCACCGUUACAGAUGAGGUGAAGAGAAUGCAGCAGCAGCAUUUCCCCUCCCUUUCACAUCAUCUUCCCCUGCAGACUGGGCUCCUCUGCCCACUUGAAGACACUGGCAGUUGUUUCUGGCGCGAAAUACGGAAUAUGUAGAAUUUUCUUAAGGAAGGAUUUGCUUUGCUCUUUGAUCUUUAUGUGCUGUCAAGCCUCUUCAGCUAGAAAGGAGAUUUAAUCCAUGAUAUAGAGAGUGGCUGACAACUCUUAGUAAUGUCCAGGUGUUAGAAAAACAAAUUACUUGUGGGUAAAAUUGCCUUCUUAAGCUUAUGAAGACAUACUUCAGUGAUCUCUGACCUAAGGGCAGGCUAACAAAGCCUGGGAAAAUGGCUGAUAGUGGACACAAAGGAUCUAGAAUUUAGAGGCUACAGGGACAUGUAGCAAAAACCUCAAAAUAAGGAGCAAACUAAUAAAGCAAACUUAGCAAUUGUGUUGGAAUUGGCUCCAACUUGGUAACAGGUAAUUCUAGCUGGGGAAGAUUGCAGCAACCAACCCAAGAAACCCCCCCCCCAAUCCCAAAGAAGAGGGACGCCGAGCAUGUGAACUAAUUUGCACGGGAAGCAAGAAAAUCACUAAUCAAUAGAAGAGAGAAUGCUAAUUAAUUACAGAACUAUGUUACUUGUAACCAGUGAACACUAAUCCUUCUCUUGCUAAAAUGUAUAAUUAGCAAAAAGUUUUUGUAGUUGGGUACUUGAUUUGUGGAAUUGCACGGGGCACCCAGGCUUGCACAACUCUGAAAUUGCUAAUCUGUGUCCCCUCGAAUGUGUGUAGUUAUUGCCUCUUUGCACACUAGGUAAUGAAUCUGACUUUGGUGGGCAGCGUUUCUGUGGUUGAUAGCAUAGCAGUAACAGGUAGGGCUGGACUUCCCUAAGUAGUUGCUUCUGCUCUACUUAUUGUCUUAGCAAAACAACUUCUUCAUGGGUGACUUUUUUCUGAGAGGCAAGAAGUGUGUUUUGUGGUGUAAAUAGACACUCCGUAAUUCUUAUUUUCUGCAGCAUUCAAAGUGUAAGCCACAUUAGUGUGGGAGUUGAAAAUGAGCAUUGCUUCAUGGACCUGAAAUAAUUUUGCCUGGAGGUAAAUUUUUUUUGUGAAAAAUUUGUGAAGUGCUUUCGUUUAAGCACUUGGAUGUUCUGCUGAGGUUCUUCUGCAUAUGGAGCAGACUACUGUCUGCAUCUCAUCGACAGGCACCGAGUUCUGCUAGACCUCUCCAGGUCUGAGAUCCUCUACAACUCCCACCCCCAGCUAUGUUCAUUGUGUUAGUAAGGGAGGAAGGGCUGCCUCACUACAAGCAUUAUACAUCAAAAGGCUGGCAAAGAAUAUUUCACUUUACAGAGGAAGAAGUGUAAGCAGGAUGGAUGAAUAAGCUUGAGAGCAGAUUAAAUCCCUGGCAGUUGUCAUGCACUCAGACAAUAAAAAUUGCUGCUGUAUUACAUCCCUAUUAUAGGAAGUAAACAAUUUGUGUUCAUGAGCUGCAAAGUGUGACUUAAAUAAAAGUUUAAAGAUAAAGUUUAAAGAACUGUCUGUUAACCCAUUGGAUUGGUAGGAUUGCAAGAACUGUAUGAAGAUUCUGAGAUUAUGCUGCAGUGGUGUUGAAUGAGUAGCUGUGGAGAUGUUACAUCCCUGUAGUAUUUGCUUUGAGGGUGGUGGAUCCCUGCUGAAUCUGUAGGAUAAAGAAAUACCCACUGUGGCUGUUUCUUCAUGUGUCCAAAUAAGAAUAUUCCACUUCCUUAACUGUGCCAUUUCCUGCCUGUCAACUAACACUGAAUAAAAAAGCAAGCAAGACAGUUUUUCCAUUGGUUUUAAAGUCCUGGCCAAGUGCUAGUUAGUUCACAUUUGUAUAAUAACCUGACUCUGCACAGUAUUUACUGACUGGCACAGUAUUCUUUCUCUCAUACUACAUUUGUUUUGCAGACCAGGCCUUUUGCCAUGGAAGCUGAGGAAACGAUGGAAUGUAUCCAGGAAUUCCCUGAGCACUAUAAAGUUAUUUUGGAUAGGCUGAAUGAACAACGUGAGCAGGACCAGUUUACAGAUAUCACUCUGAUCGUCGAUGGUCACCAUUUUAAAGCUCAUAAGGCAGUUCUUGCUGCCUGUAGCCAGUUCUUCCACAAAUUCUUCCAAGAUUUCACUCAGGAGCCUUUGGUGGAGAUUGAAGGUGUAAGUAACAUGGCAUUUCGUCACCUAAUUGAGUUCACCUAUACAGCAAAGCUAAUGGUACAAGGUGAGGAAGAAGCAAAUGAUGUUUGGAAAGCUGCAGAGUAUCUACAGAUGCUAGAAGCAAUCAAAGCACUUGAAAUCAGGAACAAAGAAAAUUCAUCACCCUUAGAAUCAAAUGAAGCACAAGGUAAAAAUAAACCAAAAAAGAGGAAGAUUGCUGAAACCUCUAAUGUUAUCACAGAAACACUGCCAUCUGCAGAAUCAGAGCCUGUUGAAAUUGAGGUGGAGAUUGCUGAAGGGACGAUGAAAGUGGAGGAUGACAGCAUUGAAACUCUUGAAGAAGUAGCUUCUGCAGAGCAAUCCAUAAAGUACAUACAGACAACAGGUACAUCAGAUGAAUCUGCUUUGGCUCUUUUGGCAGAUAUCACCAGCAAGUAUCGUCAGGGAGAGAGAAAAUGCCAGAUGCAAGAAGAAGGUGAUAGUGCAACUGACCCCUCGUGCAAACAGGAACACAUGAAAACACACUCUACUGAGAAUUACAAAUGUGACAUAUGCAAUAAAAGAUACCUACGAGAGAGUGCUUUGAAACAGCACCUCACCUGUUACCACCUUGAUGAAGGUGGUGCCAGCAAGAAGCAAAGACCUGGCAAGAAAAUACAUGUAUGCCAGUACUGUGACAAGCAGUUUGACCAUUUUGGGCAUUUUAAAGAGCACCUUCGGAAGCACACAGGUGAAAAACCCUUUGAAUGUCCAAACUGCCAUGAACGUUUUGCUCGGAAUAGCACACUGAAAUGUCACUUGACAGCCUGUCAGUCUGGAGCUGGUGCUAAAAAGGGAAGAAAGAAGCUGUAUGAAUGUCAGGUUUGUAACAGCGUAUUUAACAGCUGGGAUCAGUUCAAAGACCACUUGGUAAUACACACUGGUGACAAACCCAACCACUGCACCUUAUGUGAUCUGUGGUUUAUGCAAGGCAGCGAGCUGAGAAGGCAUCUCAAAGAAAUGCACAAUAUUUCAGAACUGUUAGUGACAGAAGAGGUUCUUCCAGUGGAAGCUAUGGAAGCUGAACCAGUAACGUCAAUGACUAUAAUAGAACAAGUUGAGCAAGUGCAUGUCCUACCAGUAAUUCAGGUACAAGUGGAUCCUGCACAGGUACAGAUGCACCAGGAUCUCAUACAUGACAAUCAAGUGAAAGGCACACAGAUGGAGGAACUACAGGAACAGGUGCAGAUUAGUUACCUGGAAGUUGAACACAUUCAGACUGAACAAGGUGCUGAAGUUCAUGUGGAGCAGUUACAUGUCGAGCAUGUAAAUCAAAUACAGAUGGAAGAAGUACAGGCAGAACUUACAGAUGGAACAGACCUUGAGCAAGUAGAAUAUCAAAGUGUUGAUCAAGGAGAAGCAGAAGAAAAGGAUCAUAAUCAAGCAGAUGAUGCAGAUAAGGAACAUCAUGAGCAAGCUGAAGACUUAAAAACACAACAAUUAGUGGAUACACAAAAUGCAAAAGUGGAUGAGUAGGACACAUAAUGACACUGCAGUUUUAAGAAUUAAAUACCAAAUUAUUUUUGUUAACUUUUACAUUGGUUUUUGAACAGUCACUGGUCACCUUUCCAAUAUGCUAUCCAUAAGGAGCUGGACAAGUGGACCAAAAUUAGCUUUCUUCAUGUACAAUUAAACUUCUCUUGUAAGUGAAAAAUACUUCCCCAUUCAUGUAGUGCCAUGAAACAGAAACUACCACAAGACGUGGACAACUUUGUGAGAUUUUUAGCAAUGAACAGCUUGUAUCAUUGUAUCAUCACACCAUUCCUGGGCUUAUGUAAAAAUAAUUUCACCUCUUUUCCUCUUGCAGUAGCGGCAAAGUCUUAUAUAAAUUUGCAGGAUGUCUGUGGCAGGAGAGUCAGUAAAAUCUGAGCGGUUCUGCUGUAAGUGGCAAUUACGUACCUGUGAAUUUUCAGAUCUUAACUUUCAGGCUGGGCUAAAAGCACUGUUGCUGGAGGUCUCUGAGCACAAAAGUCCUGUGCCUUUUCAACACUGAAUGGUUAAAUUUCCACGAAGUUUCUAGAGUUUUUGAGAACUUAGUUCUGUGAAAGGCAGUGUAGGUAAUGUUAUAGUGCUUUAUAUUUUUGCUUGAAAUUGCUGGUGACUGAUUUUCUUUUUGCAUUAAAUUUAGAGGCGGGGGGCUGAGGGAGGGAAGAGACUUCACUUAGAGGCAGCAGGACAUGCUAAAUAGGACACUUAAAAAUAGGAAAAGCUUGGUAUAGUCUGUGAUAAACAUGAUUUGGAACAAAGCUACAAGCAGGUUUUUCUUUUAUAAAUAAUCAUUUUUGAAAAUGAAUAUGUUUAAACAUAAACAGAGACUUGUCUAUAUGGUAUCAGGUUCUUGGUUUUUUUUUUAAAUUAAAUUCUGACACUUGACAAAAAGAUGUGCUAAACAUAAAAGUAAAAGCCAUAGGUAUGAGUGCUAAACUGUGAAUUGAAAAGUAGGAAUGUAAAUAGUUUAAUCAAUAUUAGAAAAUAAAACAAUACCAACCAUUAAAUGUUGCAUUUUUUGUUUCAUCCAAUAUGUUAGAAAACUGAAUGACUGGCAAUUAAGUGCCAAGUUCCAGUGUUAAGGAUCAAUCUCAGUUUUAAUAUGAUUAAUAGCUUUUUAUUGUAAAGUUAAAAUCUUUUAGAAAAUGCUUGUUUGGUCAAGGAUGUUAAGAAUGUCUUAAUUACUGCUGGAGGUUAGAGGUGCUCCAAACUCCUGAAGAAAUUUUUCUUUCUAAGCCUUAAAUUAAGGGAAGAAUUUUUGCAAGGACAGUCCCUACUCCUCUUCGUAAUACUACAGAUCUUAGUUAAAAUCAGGCUUUUCUAUUCUAUCUUCAAAUGCUGAAUUGUUUCCUGGUAUUUGUGCUUUUAUUUAGUUUCAUUCAAUAUUAUUGUGUUGCAUCAUAGCCUUUGAGAAACUGUUGCAAAAAAAAACAUGAGUUGCAAUUAAAAUUUCAAACAAUUUAAUUAAUGUAACUUGCAUUUUUUUUUUUAAUUAUGUUUUGUGUUUUCUGAGAUGGAAGUAAUCUGUGAUGAGAUUCUGUGUAGGGGAAAGGCUGUGGCCCAACCUUGAUCAUGAGAGUAAAUUUUAGCUAUUAUAUUUAUACCUGGCUUCUGAUAAGCAGCUUGUCUUCUGAUAACAUGGAGGGGACUGGCGUGUUUGGUUAGCUGCCGAGCUCUAUACCUCCUAGGUAUAAAUGCAUAUAGACAAAGUCUGUCUCGGUGGAAUUAAAGGAACAAUCUGACUGCGCAUGUGACCAACAAAAUUAA